ACACCAACAAUAAUAGCAAGUGCAACCAACACAGGCAGCCGCUCUUUUGUGUCAUUGUUACUACAUAAAAAGUACAAUAAAAACAGCUGCCAACAUCAACAACUACAAUGACGGCAGCAGUGCAGACAUUUUGCAGAGCCUUUACUAUCUUUUCGUUUAGAGUGGUGGGUUAAGCGGGUGAAAGGGUGGCAGGGUCACUGCGGGUGCCACUAUAGCCAGUCAGCCAGCUAGCAAGCGCGAGUCCACCGUCCACGGUCCGAAUUGAGUUAAGUUGAGACGAAAGCUUCAAUUCGUCGUAAAUUUUCCGGCAUAACAGACGCGAAAUUUUGCACAACGCAGUACGUAAAGCAAACGGAUAUUUGGAAAACUUUGCAACAAACAGUGAAAAGGCAAAAAGACAAAGGUCCCUUAUCAUAAGUGUGUACUUGUGUGAGAUUCUUCUUCUCUUUUUGUUUUCUUUUCUCGUUUGGCAAGCGCUUGUAAUUGAUUUUUAUGUGUUGUGGCAUUUAAACUAAUGAAAAAAUCUAACACAGAACCGCAAAACAAAACAAAAAAAAAAAAACAAAAGCAAAACUAAGUCGCACCUGUAUUGAUCGGGCAGUGAAAAAUCUAAACAAUCAUGGCAGUAUAUUCAUAAUAAAUAGUGGUCGAAUAGUGUAAUGUGGCGUUUAAAAAGCGCAUUCAUCAAUUGCAUACAAUCGCAAAAAGCAAAAGCGUCACUCAAUUGCCGAAAAAUUGAAAUUGAAUAGUUUCGAGUUGCACAAACAGAUACAUUUUUCCUACGUAUCUAACACUACAUAUUUUAUUGUAAUGUAAUGAACAACUAUCAAUGUAACGCAAUAUAAGCGCGCGCGCACAAUUUCAAAUCAGCACCUGCAACGCCUGCGCAAUAAUGAACAAAAUCGUAGUGCCAUAACAAGAAAAUAACUGCACAAAACCAACAACCAUAGCAAAGAGUUAUUUUACAAAAAAAAAGUUGAAAUACAAAUACACAGACGCACAUAAAAUAACGAUAUUUUCUGAAGUGAGUGAGUGAAGAAAAUCGCUGCACAAAAUGGGCAAAAAACCCCAAAAGUGUCCGAUGUCGGUAUUCGCUUCGAUGGCGCUGCUCUGUGCCGCCACUUUUAGUCAUGCUACUGCGGCGCCUGCUGAUGCAGCCGACGUUGGCACCAGCGCACAAUUGGAUCCAUCAUUGAAAAAUAUCAAAUAUAUCGAAAACAAAGUUAUACCAGAUGUUAAAUCGUUCUUCAAUGAACGUCCCAGAGGCGAUGGGGUCGAUGGGGAAAAGUGGCAGCAGGUGCAACGUUUUAUGGAAGACGGCAUACCUGUGCUGGAACUCUACGGCUACAAGCCAAAAAGAGAUACUCCAUUUACAAUAAUUGUACCGAAAAUCGAUGUACGCACCAUUGAGAAGACGCGACUCAAGGAGUUCAUGCUGGAGCAUUUGAUACCAGGAAAAGUUUUUGAAAACUUGGCCGAUGAUGAAGUCUAUGGCAAUGGAAAUGGUCACAAGAUUCACCUAUAUAAAGUUGAGAAGUCGCAAAAUAGUUUGUGGCUACUCAAUGGAUAUCUCAUUUUAUACAAAAUGCGCUUGAAUGAAAACCUGAUGGCAAUCGCCAUCGAUAGCUACCUUGGUGACCGAAAAUCGCCCUACUCAAAACGCAACAUACAAGAACCGAAUAGUCGAUACAAUGAACCACAACGCUUGGAGAUGCGCAAUACCACCACUGCGCAUACCAAAAUCGAACCCAUACUAAAGGAGUCGAAAUCCAGCCCACUCAUGUCCUUCCUUAACAGCAUGAAAAGUGGCACCAAAGUUUUUCAACAUUUCCUGUCCAAAAGUAAUCUCACACAGAUAAUGGACGAUGGCUCCUACACGAUACUCAUACCAUCCGACAAUGCUUUUCAACGGUGGCAUCCCAUCGACUGGGGCUUCUACCCAUUCAGUGUGCAUGAAUUCACCGAAAGUGUGUUGCGUAACCACUUCCUGCCCACUCAACGUCCGCUGCGCAUGGCCGAAGUGAAGAACAUCGACCAGAUGACGGUGCGAACGUUGGGCGGUGAGAAUGUGGUAUUUCGCGGACAUCCCGGUCCAACUGUGAACAAUGUAUCCAUUAUGUCCGACUACUCACUGAUAAAUGGCAAUCAAGUAUUCUUGAUCUCCGAGGUAUUAUUUGUGUCGGAAGCUGUGGUUUCUAAACUGCAUCAGAUGCACAAGGACAAAGAAACGCCACCGCUUCUCGCCUUUCCAUGGUUUGGUGCUCAGUUUUUGUCGCAUUCCUUUUUGGCACUGGAACGUGAUCAACGAUUUACGCAAAUUACAAGAUAUUUGAACAACGCCGAAAUAGCACCACAUGUUUCCGGCGCUAAUUACACAUUCUUUGUGCCAGAGGAUAGAGCUUUUGAACGACUUGGUUUUGAUAGGCUCUCCGAUGAUGUCAUGGCCUCACCACGCGGCAUCAAAAUGCUGCUGAAUCACUUUGUGCGCGGACGUCUGUACGAUCGUGAUCUGCGGGACAACGAGGUAUUCGAAACUAUUGGUGGCGGCCAUAUUAAAAUCACACGCAAUCCGGGAAGCAAUGCAACCAGUGUUAAUAACGCCAAGAUUACCGAACACGAAGUAUUCGUCUACAAUUUGGGAACAAUGUUCUACAUCGAUGAUAUACUCUAUGCACAUCUGCUCCGUGAAUAUGUUUCAAAGUCGACAAAAACGAGAUCAGACCCCAAUGGUAGUGGCGGCGGUGGUGGACGUAAGUGUUUGUGCACUAAAGUGUCUAGUGAUGCGCCUUUUUUAGGUUCUUUGUUUUUCGAUAUCUUCUUUUCAGAGCGAAAUGGCGAUUACAUUAUUGGCGAUCAGGAUGACGAAUUCGAUGAUGAGAUUAUAACGCCGAAGGCACUACCCGUCCAGAUUUAUGAACUUCCACAAUAGAUGCUAACAGCAGUGAAUUAAAACUAUUUGCAUUGGUUGAUUGCAUACAUACGUACAUGCAUACAUAUGGAAUAGGCCAGAAAUACGUAGUAGUUGAGAUUAUAUUUUCGAAAGGCAAAUAUGAUUAGAUAAAUAUUACUUGUGUAAAUGUGGUCCAAGCGAGCAGGCAGAGAACCACGGCAAUGCCAUUGUGUGUAUAGAUUGAUUUACAUUUUGUUAAUUCUAUGCUAUUGUUCGAACAUAUUUUAAUAUAAGUUUGUAAAUUUUUGAUUCUAAUUCUUUGAAAACAAAGAGAGAAAAACGAAAACAAGGCGGAGAGAGAAAAAAAGAAAGUAAAUGAAGAGUGAAAUUAUAAAGUAUACUGCAAAUAUUGAAAUAAGCAAACGAAAACCAUAUCAAGCAUAUGAAAAAUAAUUUGAGAAUAAAAACUUAUAUGCAAAUUCAAACAUUAAAUUAGAAAAUUUCCCAAAACAAUGUUAAAUAGAAUUAAAAAUCUAUGAACCGGAUAUAAAGACAUUCUUUUAGUAGUUGUGAGAUCUUUUCUUGUGCUUCGCAUUAGUGAUUUAAUGGAUUUCUCUAUGGUAAUAGUAUGUCUUAGCAUACAGCACAUGUUAUAUAACUAAAAUAGUAGUACUUUAAUUGUAACGAGGAAGGAGUCAAAGUAAAACAAAAAAAUCUGAAAAUAACUUUAGAAAAACAACUUUAACAUAUCGUCAUAUAUAUAAACGUAUACAAAACACAAAACAGUAAAAUUAAAAAUGAUAAAAAUAAAGAAAAAUACUCCACAACUCAAUUAUGUAAUAUCUCAAAGAAAAAAGUGCUGGCAAUGUGGAAGGAACAACUAAAAAUGUGCGGCGGAUGGCAUCUCUAAUUGUGACAUGAAUUUAUAACUGUAGCAAUAUUAAGUAAACAAUUUUAUAUAAACACGAAAUUCGAUAGUUUGUUAAUAAUAAAACAAAGCAAUAAAGUAAAAAUAAAUAAUACAAA